GUUUCUUCGUCGCAUUGAGGAUGCUGCGGCAAUUGGCUAGCUUGUCCGCUCAUCAUCCUCGUGUAUCGCCAUCCACCGUUCUUUUCUCUCGUGAUUACUGUUCUUGUUUGUUGUGAUCAUUGGACGGACCUACAAGACUAUUAAUAAAGCUUAGUUGGGGUCUCUCCCCUUUCGUGGGAUCCAUAUCCUAUACCAAUUCACGAUGGCUCGCCUCAGUCGGGGGUGGUUUCUAACCCUCGCGGUGGUCUUCCACCUCAUGUACGCCUAUUCGAUCUUCGAUAUUUACUUUGUGAGCCCGAUUGUCAGCGGGAUGAAGUCGUAUCGGGUCGAACGAGAUGCCAACGCCGAUGCGCCGGCCAACCGACUGGUCCUGUUUGUCGCCGACGGGUUACGCGCAGACAAGGCCUUCCAGGCGCUACCGGACCCGGACGAACCGGCCGAUGUCGAGAACUCGGAGCCCGUCUACCUCGCGCCCUUCAUUCGAUCCCGCGUCCUCUCCCACGGUACCUUCGGCAUCUCCCACACACGAGUCCCCACCGAGUCGAGACCCGGACAUGUCGCCUUGAUCGCCGGCCUAUACGAGGAUGUGUCGUCCGUGACGACGGGGUGGAAACUGAACCCGGUCAAUUUCGACAGCGUCUUCAACCGGAGUCGGCACACGUGGAGUUGGGGCAGCCCGGACAUCCUCCCCAUGUUCAAGGAGGGCGCGGAACCCGGUAGGAUCGAUGCGGACAUGUAUGGAGAGGAGGCGGAAGACUUCACGUCGGACGCAACGCUGCUCGACAUCUGGGUGUUUGACAAGGUCAAGGAGCUUUUCGCGGCGGCGAAGAAGGAUCCCGCGCUGGAUGCGACGUUGCGCCAGGAUAAGCUGGUGUUCUUCUUGCACCUGCUGGGGCUCGAUACGACCGGCCACGGCUACCGGCCCUACUCCAAGGAGUAUUUGCACAACAUCAAGGUCGUGGAUAAGGGCGUGCAGGAAAUCACGCGGCUCGUGGAGGAUUUCUACGCCGAUGACAAGACCGCCUUCGUGUUUACUGCGGACCACGGGAUGAGCGAUUUCGGAAGCCAUGGUGAUGGGCAUCCGGACAAUACUCGAACGCCGUUGGUUACCUGGGGCUCCGGUGUCGCCAAACCGCAGUACGUCCAUGACGGCGCGGUGUCGGGACAUGAGGACGGGGUGUCGGCGGACUGGGGACUCGACACCGUCCGCCGCAAUGAUGUUGCCCAGGCUGACGUCGCAGCGCUCAUGGCCUACCUGGCCGGACUGGACUUUCCCACCAACUCCGUGGGCAAGUUACCGUUGGAGUAUCUCCAAGCGGGUCCGAAGGACAAGGCCCUGGCGGCACUUGCCAACACCCAAGGAGUCCUGGAAAUGUACCGCGUGAAGGAGGAGCAGAAGAAGGCCGCGCUGCUACGGUACACGCCGUUUGAGCCCCUUCACGAUCGGAGUGAUGAUUCGGUGGACGAUCAUCUGGAGGAAAUCAAGUCUCUGAUUGCGAACGGCGCGUAUGACGAGGCCAUUCGCCUCUCGGCGACGCUAUUGGCAACAGCGCUGGAAGGCCUGCGCUAUCUCCAGACCUACGAUUGGCUCUUCCUACGGACGAUCGUGACGCUCGGGUACCUGGGCUGGAUCGCAUAUGCGUUGACGACCGUCAUCGAUCUGCACGUCUUGCACGGUGCCUCGGAUUCGAACCGGACGGUGACGAGCACGAUCUUCUUUUCGUCGAUCCUCGUCGCGCUCUUUUCGGUUUUCCUGUAUCAGCAGUCCUCGUGGCGAUAUUACUUCUACGCUUUGUUCCCGGUCUAUUUUUGGGAAGAGGUCUUUGCCCGGCGGAGGGCCUUGGCUGCGGGUCGUCAGAUACUGCUGUCCCACGUUACCUCCGUGCGGGGGUACUUCUCAUUUGCAGUGCAGAUGGUCGUUUUCGUGGGCGUGCUGGAGGCACUGGUGCAAUCCUACUUUCAACGCGAGAUCUAUACCGUCUGCUUCAUCGUUGGCGCGUUCUGGCCGUUCAUGUAUGGCACCAAGGUGGUGAAGAAUCACGGCAUGCUGUCUGCGUCAUGGGUGAUCGGCUGCCUGUUGAUGAGUAGCUUUACCUUGCUGUCCGCCAACAAAGUGGAGGAUGUCGACAUGAUCACAUAUGGUGCCCUGCUCAUGUUCUUCACGGGCUUGCUGUACCUGCUGUUCGAAGAUGCGAUCCUCGCGAAAGAUGCCCCGACCAAAUCCACGGAGGUCUCUCGCUGUGGGUCGCGGACUGUCAUGGGAAUCCAGGUUGGGAUGGUGCUGCUCGCCCUGAUUGUCACACGUUCGAGUGCCCUGUCUCUCCAGGCGAAGCAGGGUCUGCCGUGGGGCAACCAAGUGGUUGGCUGGGGUGUUCUAGUCGCGUCGCUUAUGCUGCCCUUCCUGCAUCGUCUGUACCCGAACAGCCACUAUCUCCACCGAUCGAUGAUCCUGUUUCUCACCUUCUCCCCCACAUUCAUCAUCCUCACCAUCUCCUGGGAGGGGCUCUUCUACUUUGUGUUCUGCAUGACGCUCAUCACGUGGGUUCGGCUAGAGCAUGCGGUGUAUCAGCACACGGCCGCACCACCAACCCAGACGCACGAUGCCCAGAAAGGCAAAGACUCCGAUGCGCGCCCCCAGCCGAGCCCCAAAGGGACGGCGAUCGUGCAGGGCCAAGCGUACAGGUACCGGACGCUUGGCGUUUCAGAUGCGCGCGUGGCGCUCUUCUUCUUCUACCUGCUCCAAUCCGCCUUCUUCAGCACAGGCAACAUCGCGUCCGUGUCGUCCUUCUCGCUAGAGAGCGUCUCCCGGCUCAUCCCGGUGUUCAGCCCCUUCAGCCAGGGCGCGCUCCUGAUCCUCAAACUGCUGAUCCCGUUUGCCAUCAUCAGCGCCAACCUGGGCUUCCUCAAUCGCCGGCUCGAGGUCGCGCCCAGCGCGCUCUUCAUGGUCGUCAUGUCCAUCUCGGACGUCAUGACGCUCAACUUCUUCUUCAUGGUCCGCGACGAGGGCUCCUGGCUCGACAUCGGCACCACCAUCAGCCACUUCCUGAUCGCCAGCUUCCUGUGCACGUUCGUUGCCGGCCUGGAAUUCCUCAGCGAGGUCUUCGUUAGUGGCGUCGAUCUGGGGUCUCCGGUCAAGGGUGUUACCGUGGAUGGAUCGGCAGACGAUGGCUCUACGGGGAAACAGCCGAACUAAUAUUUCCCCUUCCCUGUUUAUUUUAUCCCCUUUUUUUAAUCCUUUUUGACUUUUAACUUUGAUCGCUGUGUAUAUGAUUACCGUUAUAGACACUAG